ACGGCAACGUUAAAGCAUUUCGCACUUACACCAGCGAGGUCAGUUCUUUACCUCCCCCGCCCUUCUGGAACAGAGCUAAGAGUUCCACUUGAUGCCCUUCCAAAUUUCAAUUAUUGGCUUUCCUUCUUUACAAAUUGCCUUUCAUUGAACAAGCACCCAACGCCUAGGUUUACAGAUCAUACUAGGCUAUUAAAUACCAUCCUGCACUUACUCUUGGGUGCGGACCAAAUCAGCAGCUUCUGCUGCUGUGUUCAACUACACCUUGAUUGGUGA